AUUAAUGUCACGCAUGGAAUAUCCAUUAAAGACAUAAAAACUCAGAUUUAUCCUAUUAUGAUUUUAAAAAUAAUCGGAUAAUGAAACAAAAUACUAUCGAAUUUGUGAAUCUUGUCGUCGUCAAUCGGUUUUUUAAUUGAAUUUACAAUUAUCGCAGCAUGUAUAAUCAUUUAUCUUCUUUACAUUAUUCAAAGCAGAUCGAUAAAGAGUCUGAUUAUGGCUAUUUGACGGGUAUUUCUGGACCGAUAGUUACGGCUGAGAAAUUAUCAGGUGCGGCAAUGUAUGAAAUCGUUCUUAUAGGUUAUGACAAACUUGUUGGAGAAAUUAUAAAGUUACAUGGGGAUAUGUUCACGAUUCAAGUUUAUCAAGACACUAAUGGAUUAACUGUUGGUGACUUAGUUAUGAAGACCGGUAAGCCUCUUUCAAUUGAACUUGCUCCUGGUAUUUUGAGUAGCAUAUUUGAUGGGAUUCAACGACCUUUAAAAGAUAUUGCUGAAAUUUCUGAAAAAAUAUAUAUUCCAAAAAAUAUCAAUGUAUCUCCAAUUAAUAGAUCAAUGGUAUGGGAAUUCAAUCCUACUAAUAUAAUGUCUGGAGCUAGUGUGACUGGUGGUGAUAUGUAUGGUAUUAUUUACGAAAAUACUUUGGUUGAACAUAAAUUAAUGAUUCCUCCAAAUGGUCAUGGACGAGUAACCUAUAUUGCUCCACCUGGCAACUAUUCUGUAGAUGAAGUUAUUCUUGAGGUAGAAUUUAACAAUGAAGUUUGUAAGUACUCAAUGGUUCAACUUUGGCCAGUGAGAACUCCACGAUCAGUUGGUACAACUCUCUCGGCUCGUCACCCGUUAUUAACUGGACAAAGAGUUCUUGAUGUUCUUUUUCCUCUAGUACAAGGUGGUACGACUGCAAUCCUAGGAGGAUUUGGCUGUGGUAAAACGAUAAUAUCUCAGUCUAUAUCCAAGUAUUCCAAUUCCGAUAUAAUUAUUUACGUUGGUUGUGGUGAGCGAGGAAAUGAAAUGUCAGAGCUUCUUCAAGAAUUCCCAAAACUUUCAGUUGAAGUUAAUGGGAUUACUGAAUCUAUUAUGAAACGAACAGUUCUGAUUGCGAAUGUUUCCAAUAUGCCAGUUGCUGCGAGAGAAGCGUCCAUUUAUACUGGAAUCACCAUAUGCGAAUAUUUUAGAGAUAUGGGUUAUAAUGUUUCUAUGAUGGCUGAUUCUACUUCGAGAUGGGCGGAAGCUCUUAGAGAAAUAAGUGGGAGACUUGGGGAUAUACCAGCCGAUUCUGGUUAUCCUGCUUAUUUGGGUACGAAAAUAGCAAGUUUUUAUGAACGAGCGGGAAAAGUUAUAUGCCUGGGAAAUCCACAACGAGAGGGCUCAAUAAGUAUUUUUGGAGUAGUAUCACCUCCUAGUGGAGAUUUUUCAGAUCCCGUAACUAGAGCUACUCUGAGCGUUACUCAAGUAUUUUGGGCUCUUGAUAAAAAUCUUGCACAAAGAAAGCAUUUUCCAGCUGUUAAUUGGAUUAAUAGUUACAGCAAGUAUGUUAAAAGUUUUGACAGUUUUUGUGAUACACAUUUUUACGGCGUAGCUGAAUUGAGAACAAAAAUGAUCGAAAUACUUCAAGAAGAAACAGAGUUAUCGGAAAUAGUACAGCUUGUUGGUACAACUUCUUUGUCUGAAUUAGAUAAAGUAGUAUUGGAAAUAUCUAAAAUUUUAAAAGACGAUUUUCUUCAGCAAAAUAACUACUCUGCAUAUGAUCGGUAUUGUCCUUUCUAUAAGACUUUUGGAAUGUUAAAAAAUAUCAUCACACUUUACGAUCUUGCGAAAAAAACUAUACAAAUAACUAAGAAGAAUAACAAAGAAGUAAUAUGGGAAACUGUUCGAAAUAUUAUGUCGGAAAUGUCAUAUCGAUUAAGCAUUAUGAAAUUCAUGGAUCCUAUAAAAGAUGGGGAGGAUAAUAUAAGUGCUACUUUUAAUAAACUUAACAAAGAUAUACAUCGUGCAUUUGAUAUUUUUAAAGGAUGUUAAUUUUUUGUCAAUAAUAACCUUAAUAUAUUAAUACUGCCCAUCAACAAUCUACUCAAAACAUAUUGAAGUAUGCAGAAGAAGGAAUAUCGUUCUUAAAGAAUCGACAAGAAUUUUGGCGACAACAAAAAUCAGCUACUCGGUUUAUUUCGAAUAAAUAAACAUUCCAAUAUUAGCGCCGUAAAUUAUUCAUUAGUUGAUAUCUUAUUAUCAUAGUGUACUUUUUAAUCUUUUAUGUUCACUAUAAGAGAAUCCGAUCAUUAAACACGGAAAGAAAAUAAAAAUCAAAAUUACAACAGUAACAUCGUAGUCU